AUGCUGCUAUGGACCAUCGUCACCUACGCAACAGCAUCACCGAUCGAUCGUCCAGCCUUCCUCCCACCAGAAGCACAAACUCCCGCCGAGUCGACACAAUCCUCACUCACACAACAGAAAUGGAUCGGCCUCACCCUCGCCAUCAGCAGUUCGCUUGCCAUCGGCACCAGCUUCAUUAUCACAAAGAAGGGUCUCAUCGACGCAGCAGACAGGCACAACGCCUUGGCUUCUGAUGGACACACAUACCUUCAGAACCCGAUCUGGUGGGCCGGUAUGGCAACUAUGAUUGUUGGAGAGGUCGCCAACUUUGCCGCCUACACCUUCGCUCCACCCAUCCUCGUCACGCCACUCGGUGCACUCAGCGUGCUCAUCGGUGCUAUUCUCGCUUCCUUCAUCCUCAAGGAAGAGCUCGGUCGUCUCGGCAAAGUUGGCUGCACGCUCUGUUUGGUUGGAACCGUCAUCAUCGUAGUCAACGCACCCGAAGACAAGGAAAUUCAGACUAUCGAUGAGAUGCUCAACUAUGCGCUUCAGCCUGGCUUCCUCUUCUAUUGCACCUUUGUCCUCGCUUUCUCGCUCUUCAUGAUCUUCCGAAUGGUGCCCAAGUACGGUCGCAAGACACCUUUGGUCUACAUCUCGAUCUGCAGCCUUGUCGGUUCCAUCUCGGUCAUGAGCGUCAAGGGCCUUGGUGUUGCGCUCAAGCUCACCUUUGCAGGCAGCAACCAGUUCACCCACCCUUCGACCUACUGCUUCGCCAUUGUCGUCGUUGUCUGCAUCCUCACCCAGAUGAACUACUUCAACAAGGCACUCGAUCAGUUCUCCACAAACGUGGUCAACCCUAUCUACUACGUUUUCUUCACCACCUCCACCAUUCUCGCUUCAGUGCUGCUUUUUCAGGGCUUCAACACUUCAACUGCGCCGGCCGUCUCGCUUCUUGGUGGCUUCAUUGUCAUCUUCACAGGCGUCUAUUUGCUCAACCUCAACCGCAUCAUCGACCCAGUGACCCAACAGCCUCGCAUCUCGCUCGUUACAGGCGAGGGCACAACCCGCUAUUCCGAGCAGCAGCGCUCAAUCACUAGCUUUGCUAAUGGCAGAACCAGCCUCAGCGCACCGGGACGCACUGCAGCCGUCUAUGGUCACAGCAGCAGCACCAGCGCUGGCUCCUCGGUGCUCUUCAACGCAUACGAGAACGAGGAGGCGCUCGGGUUGGCGCGAUUAGAUGAGGACGAGUACGAUGAUGAUGUGCGCGAGAACUCCCCCAUGAUCCGACAAGGCAAAGCCAACGCCCAAGGCAAUGGUCAUAAGGCGACAGCAGACACAACAGCGAGAGCGCAACGUCAACUCCAGCGGCAGAGCUUGAUUGACGACUCGACAACGCCUACCUACGAGAACGGCAGACAAUAA